GUGAGGGUAAUUGAAGUCACCCAUUAUUACAGCUCAGUCUCUCUGAUUUGCUUCUUCAACUCCAGGUCACACAGCAUUUUGAUCCAGAGCCCACUACAGAGCUGGCUUCUCCACAUAUGCCGAUGUUUGCACGCCAGCGGAAAUUUGGUAGAUGAGAGGAGGAGGGCCAGAUUCCAGAGGGCUGCCUCUUAAGGCAAGGAGGCAGAGUCCAGGAGCACUUAAGGGCUCAGUCUGCCUUUGAACAGUGUUGACUCAACUUGUUCCCUCUGACCUUUCCAAGGUUCUUCUCUUUGCAUUGCCUCACCUUGCAGCAACCAGGACAGUACAUUGGAAGUCUACACUGACAUCUGAUGGGACCCCCAAAUUCAAAUCCCCAUUAAGUCUUAAAAUUCACUGGGUGACUAUGAGCCAGUCAUUUCUCUCUUAGCCUAACCCAUCUCACAGGGUUGUAGCCAUGUAUGCCACUCUGGGCUCCUUGAAGGAAGACCAGGAUUUGUUAAAAAAAAAUGUAAAUGUGAAUGAAUGAAUGAAAAAAAUAAUAAUUAAUAAAAGCAGAGCUUUGCCAUGCUCCCCCUGGGCUUUUAAAAAACAACUAAAGAUCUAUCUUUUUAGAGAGGUCUUUUAAUGUUUUAUCUAUUGUUAGCUUUUACCUUUUAAAAUGUGUAACUUUUAAAAUGUGGUUUGAACUGGAUCUUUUGUUUUCUGUUAAUUUUAUAGUGUUUUACAUUUUAUCCGUUUAACUGAUUUGGUGAGCCAUCCUGAGCAGCAGUGCACUACAGGGGCAAUAUUUUCAAUAAAUGAUAAAUAACAAUAGAAGAGUUUCUUAAACUCUUUGAGCUUGGCCCUACCUUCUGAACUUAGUUUACAUUCUCCCUUCAUCCCUUGCAACCCAGCCCCUCAAGGACCAACCAUCUGUUCCAAGCAGAGUAGGCAUCCAUGCAUGCAACAAUUAAAUGCACGUGGCCUGAUGCUGUGUGUAAAAGUCUGUAGACAUAAGCAACUUAAGCCGGAGAUGACUCCAACUGCAAGUCAGUUAAGGUUAGCUUUCAGGAACCCAGCAAAACAAAUAUGAUCUGCAGAUCGAUACACCAAGAUGAAAACCGCCACCAAUAUCUACAUCUUCAACCUGGCCUUGGCAGAUGCGCUGGCCACUAGCACACUGCCCUUCCAGAGUGCAAAGUAUCUGAUGGAGACCUGGCCCUUUGGAGAACUGCUUUGCAAGGUGGUCCUCUCCAUCGACUACUACAACAUGUUCACAAGCAUCUUCACCCUCACCAUGAUGAGUGUGGACCGGUACAUAGCUGUCUGUCAUCCAGUCAAGGCCUUGGAUUUUCGCACCCCAGCUAAAGCAAAGCUCAUCAACGUUUGCAUCUGGGUCCUCUCCUCCAUUAUUGGAGUGCCCAUCAUGAUCAUGGCUGUCACCAGGUCUGAAGGUGGCAUUGUGUUGUGUCUUCUCCAGUUUCCUGAACCUCACCUCUACUGGGACACAGUCACUAAGAUCUGUGUGUUCAUCUUCGCCUUCUUGGUCCCCAUUUUGGUCAUCACAAUCUGCUACGGGCUCAUGAUUCUCCGCCUGAAGAGUGUGCGCCUCCUCUCCGGUUCUAAGGAGAAGGACCGCAACCUACGCCGUAUCACCCGCAUGGUGCUGGUGGUGGUGGCUGCCUUCAUCAUCUGCUGGACUCCCAUCCAAAUUUUCAUCAUUGUCUGGACCCUGGUGGGCAUUGACAAGAAGAACCCCUAUGUGGUGGCCAGCCUGCACUUUUGUAUCGCUCUGGGUUAUACCAACAGCAGCCUCAACCCUGUCCUGUAUGCUUUCUUGGAUGAAAACUUCAAGAGAUGUUUCCGGGAGUUCUGCCUCCCCUUUCGGUCACGGAUGGAGCAGAACAGCUUCAGUCGGGCCAGGAGCACCAUGCGGGAGCGCGUUUCCACCUGCACUCCUUCAGAAGCCCUCAAUAAGUCAGCAUGACUAGACAUGGACAGCCACAAGAGAGGCUCCCGGGGAUACAGACGGGAUGAACUGCAAUCAGAAGUGACUCAGGUCACCACUACAGAAUUUUAGUAGAAAUAGGAAGAGGAGCCACUGGGGAAAGGGGCUGUUCAAUGACACUUUGGACUCUUCAGAGUAACUUUCUCCCAUGUAUAAAAUGUUCUUAUGGAUUAUUUUAAGCAGAGUUUUCGCAAAUCCAUGGAGGACAAAUCUAUCAAUAGCUACUAGUUCUGUAGGUAGCUGUAGGCUACCUCUGGAGCUAGGAUGCCUCUGAAUACCAUCUGUAGGGAAGCAACGGCAGGAGAGAUACCUUCAUUGCUUACUCUGUUGCUUGCUCCAUCUCCAUCUCCUGGUAAUGGCUUCCCAGAGGCAUCUGGUGGGCCACUUUGGGAAGCAGGAUGCUGGACUAGAUGGGCCUUGGAUCUGAUGCAGCACCAAGGAUCUUCUUAUGUUAUGUUCUUAAACUCAGAAGAUGGGCAAAACCAACUGCAGUUCGAGUCAGGGGGUGUGAAUUUCUAAGGAUGAGAACUUUUAAUGGGUGAAAUGAAUUCUCAAAACUGACAUCCAACUGAAUGUCUUUUACAGAUUCAUUUCCUAUAUUUUUAUGGCUUUAAAUCAAAGACUCAUCACACACAUUUGCUACCUUGCAGGUUGAAUUGUGGCUUAUACUUUCAUUGCUUAUUCUGUUGCUUCCUCCAUUCAUUACUUGCUAGGUGUUUUGAUGAGCCAAUAUUUGAAUACUACUUAGCAGCUGAGGAGGGUUGACUGAAGUGCCCAAAAAACUAAAUAGUUGCCAUCUGUUGCAGAACAGCGAUGCUUUCUUUUUUAAGUGAACUUUUCAAAAACUAUGAAAUGUAUCCAUUCAGAGGAACAAAUAUUAGAAUUUGAUUUGUAAA